AUGACUCUCAAUGUGUGUAAAGCAUUUAAAGAAAUUGAUGAUUACUGGGAUAAUAAUUUUUCUCUUGAGGGCAUUGAUAUCACUAAUGAAAUACACACUAUUUAUUGUCCUAUUAACAAUGAAACGGGGAAAAGAGAAUGUAAAACUGUCAGUCAAAGAGUUAAUGCUGGUAAUGUAUUAUUAUUUAAUAAUUUAUUCAGCGGAGAUGAUAAUAUAGAAUCUGAUAAUAAAAAUAACGAAUAUAUCACGUAUAUUAUGCUAUGGUUAAGUAAUAAAAUGAAACUAAUUACAGAUGGAACUUACGGAAGCGUGUCAGAUUUUUAUAUUACGUUUAUAAAAAAUGGUGAUGUUGAUGCUGAUGUUGAUGAUGACAAUUAUUAUGAAUAUCUUGAUAAAAUCGCUGAAAAAAAAGAAAUAAUGGAAAUUAAAAUUGAAGAAAUGUAUGAACUUUAUGAGUUACUUAAAGAUCUUUGUAAUGUAAUUACUAAUUGUUCCGAAGAUUCUUCAGAAUGCUCCUAUUUUACAAAAUUUGCUAUUAAAUGGAAUAAUCUAUACAAUAAAUUUGAUGAUAAAACAACUAAGUAUAUUGAAGAUAAGUAUUAUUGUGACGUGUUGUUGACUUUAAAAAAAGCUUAUGAGAAAUUUAAAAAUGGUAAUAAAAACAAAGAUAAUCUUCAAGAAAUUAAUGAUGAAAUAAAUUAUUGUGCUCAAUCAUGUAAAAAAGCAACUACCUCGUGGAGAAUUAUAGAUGUGAGUUCCCAAAAUUUACCGAAUGAAAUAGAUCGAAAAUUUAGUGAAAUUGUAAAAACACAUUCCUCUAAAAAUAAAAAGAAAUAUCAGAUACUGAAGAAAUUUGUGAAAAUUAUAAAAAAAAUGGCGAUGAAGAAGAGAGGAAUAGUGAAAAAAAAGAAAAUAAAAAAAGUAAUUGUCAAAGCGCCGAAGAAUAAAAAACAGAGUAACAACCAUCAAAGAUCAAUCCAAGGAGGAAAACAACCAGUUACAGAAGAACCAUCACAAAUUUCAGAAGAUGAAGCAGAUUCAGAAGAUGAAGCAGAUUCAGAAGAUGAAGCAGAUUCAGAAGAUGAAGCAGAUUUAGAAGGUGAAGAAGAAGAUAGUGAACAAACCGAACCGAAGAAUAAUGAUCAAAACAACGAACAACAAAAUACAAUGGAUCAAGCAUCAAACCAAUGUGAUAACCCAUCAGAUUCAGAAGGUGCAUCAUCACCUUCAGGAAAUGAACUAGAAAAAAGUGAAAUCCCAAAAGAAGACUCUGAAGAACAAAAAAAUACCAAUUUACCAACGGAACCGAACAAUCAAACAGUAGUUCAAGAACAAUCUGUUACAGAUUCAAAACCACAACCAGAAUCACAACCACAGCCGCAACCACAACCACAACCGCAACCACGACAAGAACAACAAAAGAUAGAAUCACAGGCAGAAUCACAUCCAGAAUUACAGUCAGAACCACAGCCAGAACCAACAACAUCACCAACACCACCAUCGCCAGAAGCACAAGAUGAAAAACAUGAGACACAACCUGCAUCUACACAAGAAAAAUCAUCAACGAACCAUGAAACUAUAAAAAAAAUCACAGAAAAGGGAUUUUUACACGAUUUCUAUAAACUGUAUCUUUCAUCUUUUUAUAAAAACCUUACAGAUUAUGGGCAUCGUUUAUAUGAAAGUGUAUCAACUAGCUUAACAAAAGGUUAUUCUGCAUUUAAUAAUUUUGCUAAUGAUAUAAUUACUCAACCAAAUAAAGCAAAUGAUAAUUUAUCGUCAGCUGAUAAUAAAAUUCAACCAAAAGAUUCAGGAAGUAAUUUACCUCCAUCUGAUAGUUCAUCAGAAAUACCCUCGCCUUCACCGACACAAUCUAGUGACAAAAAAGCUGAAGAUGGGAGUCCAAAAAAAGAAUCUGAAGGUAAAAGCCAAGAAAAUGCUAAAGAUGGAGGUGGAAGUGAAGAUACAAUAAGUGAACCUGAAGUUGGAAACCAAGAAAAUAAAACUGAAGGUAAAGACCAAAUAAGUGAAACUGGAAGUAAAGAUGAAGUACCAAUACCAACACCAGCUCCUGAAGAGCCAUCAAAGGAUUCUAUCAAUAAAAUACAUGAUCAAGGAAUUAAACAACUUCCUCCUGAAAUCAAGGUAGAAAAAGGAAUAUUUGAAAUAGGAUUUCCAGGAGAUGUAUUUAAAGGAUACAAAUUAUUUGUAUAUUUAGUUAUAAUUAUUGGCAUACCCAUUAUUUUAGCACUUAUGUAUAAGUAUUUUUCAUUUGGAUGGAGAAAGGAAUUGAAGAAAAAAAAAAACAUGAAAAAGGUUAUAAAUAUGUUUGGUGCAAAUGAAAAGACAAAAAGAGUUAUAAACCCAACUGAUCGAAAAAAACAAGUACAAAUAAUUAUAAAUUUAUCUAAAAAAAAACAGGAUAAAAAGCUUACAAAUCCAUCUACUCAAAAAAAGCAGGAUGAAAAGGUUACAAGUUCAUCUACUCAAAAAAAACAAACUAAACAGUUUAUAAAUUCCAUUUACUGGGGAAAAUAUCCAUUAUUAAAUAUGUAUAAACUUAUGGAGACCGAUCCUGUACCAUUUAUUAUUUUGUAUUUGGUGUUUAUUUUUUAUGUUUAUAGAAGAAAAUGA